AUGAUGGAUCCUGACACUACCGCUUUCCUCGCCAGCGCACUUCUAUUCUUUCUGCUUUACGAAAUAAUUCAGCACUUUACUCGUCGCCGGCGUCAAGGACCAUACCCACCUGGCCCGAAGCCCUGGCCAAUGAUAGGGAACUGGUUUGACAUACCGUUCUACCGACCAUGCGAGACAUAUCUGGAAUGGGGGAAGCACUACAACAGUGAUAUCCUUCACACCGAGGUCUUUGGGCAGCAUACCGUUAUCAUCAAUUCAAGAGAAAUUGCGGACGAGUUGCUCGAAAAGCGUACGAGGAAUACCUCUGGACGGAUCUAUUUCCCUAUUACACAGCUUCUGGACUGGGGCUAUAAUAUCGCCCUCAUGGUUUAUGGCGACGAGUGGCGAAGGCACCGUAAAGCAUGCCAGCAGCACCUCAACCGCGAAGCUGCCAAAUCGUACCAACCGAUCCAAAUUAAGAAAACCCACGAAGCUCUCCUCGCAUUGCUUCAAUCCCCGGAGAAAUUCGCUGCCCAUAACAGAAUGCAUUCCCUCGGCAUUACGAUGGACAUGAUGUAUGGUUAUCAGCUUAAGUCACUCGAUGACCCUGUUAUAUCAGCUGCGAAGAAAGCCAUCGAGCUCGGAAAUCAGGUGUGGUCCCAGACUGGGAGCUUGAUAAAUACUUUCCCGAUUCUGGGUCGCGUUCCUACUUGGGUCCCUGGAGCGAUGUCUCAGAAGAUCACGAAGGAAUCGGCUCGGUGGACUGCGGUGAUGAAAAGCAUCCCUUGGGAGGACACCAAGCGACGAAUGGCCGAGGGAAAUAUCACUCCGUCUCUGUUGACUCAGUUCUUGGAGAGGAAGGCUACAGUUGGCGCCUCUGAAGAAGAAGAAGAGAUUCUGAAAAACGUAGCUUACACUGUUUACGGGGCUGCAUCUGAUACGACGGAAUCCGCUACAGGAACCUUCUUCUACGCCAUGGCCAAGAACCCUAACGUGCAGAAGAAAGCCCAGGCGGAAAUCGACCGCGUCGUCGGCACGAAUCGUCUUCCAGAUUUUACAGACCGGUCCUCGCUUCCAUACAUCGAGGCUAUCUACCGCGAAGUCAUGCGCUCCGCCCCACCUCUCCCACUCGGCCUUAUGCAUACCCUUGCCGAGGAUGAUGUCUGCGAAGGCUACUUUCUUCCCGCAGGAACCCAAGUUUUCCCGAAUAUUUGGGCUAUUACGCAUGACCCAAAUACGUAUAAAGACCCGCAUGCCUUCCAGCCCGAGCGAUUCUUCAACGAGGAUGGCACGCUGAACGACGACGAUCGCAUACUGGCUUUCGGAUACGGACGGAGAGUCUGCGUUGGGAAGUACGUCGCAAGUUCUACCAUGUGGAUUACCAUCGUAUCCAUCCUUGCCUGCUUUGACAUUGGGAAGGCGAAGGACGAACGUGGAAACGAUAUUGAGGUCGACGACGAGUACGUCGAACAUGGUCUCAUUUGCCAUAAGAAGCCAUUCAAGUGCUCGAUUACCCCGCGUUCGAACUUGAGCCGCAAAUUAAUUGAAGAGGCUGCAGGCGAGUGUAAGUGA